AUGGCACCUCUUUGGACUCAUCCCAGCCCGCACCUCAUACGCCUCGACGCGUUCAGGCGACAUAUCAACAAACAAUACAACGAGCACAUACGAGACUACGCAUCACUGCACCGAUGGAGCGUCGAAAAUCUGGAGCUGUUCUAUCGAGAGCUCUGGAAUUUUAGCGGGCUCGUGACGUCGAAGCCGCCGCUGGCAGUCGCCGAUUCGCUCGCCGCCAUGUGGCCCCGGCCGCAAUGGUUCCCUGGAGCCGAGAUGAACUUCACCGAGAACGUGCUAGCCACCGGUCUCGCGGCUCAUCAAGACAUGAUUGCCGUCUCGGCCUGUCGUGAGGGGGGCACGGAUUGGAGGCACCUGACUUGGAUACAGCUGCGGGACCAGGUUGCUCUUUAUGCCAGUGCACUCCAAAAUGCUGGCAUCGGAAAAGGGGACCGUGUUGCAACGGUCGUGACCAACUCCCUCGAGGCCCUCCUGAUUGCACUGGCUUCUGGUGCUAUCGGGGCCAUCUUCUCGUCUACGUCGCCAGACACGGGACCCAAGGGUAUCGUCGAGAGGUUUUCCCAGAUUCAACCUAAGAUCUUAUUCGUCGAGUCCAAUGUGUUAUACGCGACCAAGAGAAGAAAUCUAAGGGAGCGUCUUGGUGCUGCUGUCGACGAGCUCAAGACCAAGGUCACCGGCCUGGACAAGGUCAUCGUCAUCAAUGAUCCUACAUGGGAAAAAAGCGGACUGUACGUAGAUGAGCUUCCUGAUGACAAGUCAGACAAGGCGAUCAUAUCAUCUCCCAUAUACUCACGGCUACGUGUUAAUGAUCUGACUUUUAAUGCUUCUUCAGAAUCCGCCUUGAAACGUUCCUCGAAGCCCCUCCUCGACCUCUCAAGUUCGUUCAAGUACCUUUUGAUCAUCCCAUCUACAUCCUAUUCACUCCAAUCGUCCUGGGGACUAUUCGUCCUAGAAGAAAAGAAUCCAGCUGACACGCACUUGCUACCAAUGAACAGUUCUGGGACUACAGGCACCCCUAAAUGUAUUUGCCACUCUGGAGGAGCAGUUCUCCUGAAGAAUAAGUUAGACCUGGGCCUGGGCAUGGACAUGGGCAUAGACUCAACAUACUACCAAUACACCACUACUUUUGACCACCAGACCGGCUGGAUGAUGUGGAAUAUGCUCAUCGGCGCUCUGAGCCUCGGAUCAAGGAUUGUUCUUUACGACGGGAGUCCUCUGCAUCCAACUCCUUCCUUUCAGCUCAGUCUCCUUGAAAGCCAAGGGGUAACUCAUUGGGGCACGAGCCCUAAAUUCCUCGCCGGGCUCAGAAGCGACCCCGAGAGCAGUCCAAUCGCAAGACGCUUGGAGGGUCUCCAAAACGUUCUUGUAUCCGGCUCCCCCCUAAGUACUAGUCUCUCCGCUUGGUUCUACGCCGAUAACUUCCCACAGCACGUAGGUCUGCAUAACGGUUCUGGCGGCACCGACCUCGUUGGUGGCAUUGUCGGCGGAAACAACCUCUCGCCCGUUUUUGGGAGCGAGCUAGCCGCUGCUACCCUCGGAAUGAAGGUAGAGAUCUGGAAUGCAGGCGGUGAAAACGUCGAGGGCUCGGGAGAACUGGGCGAGCUUGUCAUCACGAAGCCUUUUGUCAGUAUGCCAGUCAAAUUCUGGGGAGAUGAUUCCACAGGCAGGAGGUACUUUGAUACCUAUUUUUCGCUAUUUCCAGGCGUAUGGAGCCACGGCGAUUUGAUAUCGAAGAGCUCCGUGACAGGAGGCUAUUCUAUCCACGGUCGCAGUGAUGGAGUCCUCAACCCAGGAGGUACUGACGGAUGCUCCAUCUUCCGAGCCUUGCCGGUGGUGCUCAUACGCGUCCGCUUCGGUACGGCCGAGUUGUACGACGUGGUCAGUCGAUUUCGCGAGAUCGAAGACUCUAUUGUUGUAGGCCAACGGGUUCGUCGCUGCCAACAAAACGGUGAAAGUGACAUAGAAGAUGAAAGGGUAGUCAUGUUUAUCAAGAUGAAGAGCCCCGGUGCAGCGUUAGACACCUCACUGCAAUCCAGAGUCUCCGAGGCGAUCCGCAAAACGCUCAGCGCCAGGCAUGUCCCCGAGGAAAUCUGGCAAGUGAAGGAUAUACCCUGUACAGUGAAUGGGAAGAAGAUUGAGAAGGUUGUCAGGGCUAUUAUUUCUGGAGAGAAGGUAACCUCGAGAGAUUCGAUUGCGAAUCCAGAGUGCCUAGAUGAGUAUGUCAAGUUUAGCAUGCCCGGAAAACUAUUGGCUCGUCUAUAA